ACAAAAAGCAUAGAAUGAUUGUACAAAACUACAACAUAUUCGAACCACAUGAUAUAAGUGGUGCUGGGUCAUCUUCUGUCAUAUUGUGAGACUGAGACUAAAGAAAAUCAAUGAAGAAAAAACCAAUUUCCAAGUUAUGCCAAUCAAGUCAGUCAAUGAAGCAACUCCAUUGCUGUUUCCACGAUUAUACAUGUGUAGUUUCCAAAAUCCUUUUGCUUCAACUAUAUAUUACUUCACUUUGGUUUGGUUGCAUAUCAUCUUCAUAAUCAUGUUUUUCAGUAUAAUGAGUGGUGGGUCUAUGCAUUCUGGUUUGGUUGGGCUUGUGUGCCUGGCCAUUGCCUCUGCUAUUUGUUGUUCAAGUGUUGGAAGCUCCAACAACAUCAUGUGCUUGGAGAGUGAAAGGCAUGCUCUUCUCCGGUUCAAACAAGGCCUUGUGGAUGACUCCAAUGCUCUUGCCUCUUGGAAAAGUGAGAAAGAUUGCUGCAAGUGGAGAGGAAUAGAAUGCAACAACCAAACAGGUCAUGUUACCAAUCUUGAUUUCUCCUUUAAUUAUGAUCCAUAUCUCUAUUCUGCUGAAGUUCCUUUAAGUGGUGAAAUUAGUCCUUCACUACUUGAAUUGCAAUAUCUAAAUUACUUGGACCUCAGUUAUAUUGAUUUUGGAGAAAAUAUGAUUCCCAAAUUCAUUGGCUCUCUGAGUCAAUUGAAAGAACUCAAACUUGCAGAUGCUAAUUACAGGUCCCCUGUUCCUCCCCAACUUGGAAACCUCUCUAAUUUGCACACUCUUGAUCUUUCCUACAAUGAUUUUGAAGGAAUGAUGAUUCCCAAAUUCAUUGGCUCUAUGAGUCAAUUGAAAGAACUCAAACUUGCAGAUGCUAAUUUCAGUGGACCUGUUCCUCCCCAACUUAGAAACCUCUCUAAUUUGCACACUCUUGAUCUUUCCUUCAAUGAUUUUGAAGGAAUGAUGAUUCCCAAAUUCAUUGGCUCUAUGAGUCAAUUGAAAGAGCUCAAACUUGCAUAUGCUAAUUUCAGUGGACCUGUUCCUCCCCAACUUAGAAACCUCUCUAAUUUGCACACUCUUGAUCUUUCCUUCAAUGAUUUUGAAGGAAUGAUGAUUCCCAAAUUCAUUGGCUCUCUGAGUCAAUUGAAAGAACUCAAACUUGCAGGUGCUAAUUUCAGUGGACCUGUUCCUCCCCAACUUGGAAACCUCUCUAAUUUGCACACUCUUGAUCUUUACGGUAACGAAGUUGUUAGUUCUGAAAAUCUUGAGUGGUUAUCUCAUCUUUCUUCCUUGAGAUACCUGAACAUGUCAGAAGUAGAUUUGUCAAAGGUUGUGAAUUGGCCACAAUCUUUAAGCAAGCUCACUUCGCUGACCGAGCUUCAGUUAUCUUCCUGUCAGCUUCCUGAUGUCAAUCUAAGAUCACUUUCCUUUAUUAAUUCUUCCACCUCUCUUCAAAUUCUUCACCUCUCUGGGAACUCUCUUAAUUCUUCAAUAUUUUAUUGGAUAGCCAAUGUCAGCAACAACUUUGUCCAUAUUGAUCUCUCUUUCAACAAUCUUGAAGGUCCCAUCCCGGAUGUCUUCACAAGCAUGCUUUCUCUAGUAACACUAGAUCUGUUUGAGAAUCAACUUGAAGGUGGGAUACCACAAAGCUUUCAAAACUUAUGCAGCUUAGAGUCGUUGACCUUAGGGUCAGACCAAUUUUCCUUACAAUCAAACCAAUUGUCUGAAAACAUUGAGGACUCUGUUAAAACCUUGUCUUGUGCUGAGAACACACUUGACACCUUGGACUUGACAGAAAACCGGUUUUGGGGGUCGUUGCCAGAUUUGUCACGUUUUUCAAAGUUACGAGUGUUAUAUCUUGACAGCAAUCAACUAAAUGGGUCUGUACCCGAGAGUGUCGGGCAACUCUCUAGCCUUGAAGAGCUAUAUCUCUCCGAGAAUUCUUUGAGUGGUGUCAUAACAGAAGCCCACUUUUUGAACCUCUCUCGUUUACAGGAUUUGGAUCUUUCUGGUAAUCGCUUCUCUAUCAACCUGAGCUCUGAUUGGAAUCCACCAUUUCAACUUACUGAUUGGUUAGACAUGUCCUCUUGCAAGGUGGGCCCAGCUUUUCCCAAGUGGAUUCUAACGCAGACAAAUCUUACUCAUCUUGAUCUCUCUAAUGCUGGACUAUCAGGAUCAUUACCUAUCAAGGUUUGGGAUCUAUUUUCUGGCUUGGAUUACUUAGAUCUCUCUAUGAACCAAAUCCAUGGGAAACUACCGAAUCUGUCAUCGACAAGCUUGGAGUAUCUCAACUUGUCUUCUAAUCUAUUUUCUGGCGCAUUGCCAUCGUUUUCUCUAUUUUCUGGCGCAUUGCCAUCAUUCUACAAGCGACAAAGCCUGUAUCUCUCGAAUAAUAGGUUUUCAGGACCUUUGUCUUCCUUAUGUGCAACGCAGGCUCCAGAUUUAGAGACCCUUGACAUUUCUGAGAACCUAUUGUCAGGGGAGCUUCCUAAUUGUUGGAUGCAAUUUCAAAAUUUGAUUUCGUUGAAUUUGGGAAAGAAUAAAUUAUCUGGAAAAAUACCAAGCUCGUUAGGCAAUCUACAGGGAAUUCAGGGAUUGCGUUUACAUGAUAACAACUUUUCAGGAGAAUUGCCUUCUUUAGAGAACUGUACCCGAUUAUUCGUGGUUGACCUUGGCAACAAUAACCUGUCGGGAAGGAUACCAACAUGGAUCGGCCAAAGCCUACCAAACUUGUUGAUUCUACGCUUACGGUCAAACGAGUUUAAUGGAAUCAUACCCUUCUCCCUGUGCAGUCUAGCUGCCAUUCAUGUUUUGGACCUUUCUCACAACAAUAUUUCAGGAGGCUUGCCAGAUUGCUUCAAUAACAUAACCGCUUUGGCUGAUAAUAUGGGAGUUACUGGAAUUGUGGAACUUGUGUGGAAAGGAAUAGAAAUUGAGUUUCCCGAUAUUGCAGGUUUGAGAAGCAUUGACGUUUCAAGCAACUAUUUGAUUGGGAAAAUUCCGCAAAGCAUAGCAAAUAUGACACAGUUGAUUUCUCUGAACCUGUCAAGAAACAAUUUGAUGGGAAAGCUUCCUGAAAACUUUGGUAACUUGAAGAUGUUAGAAUCUCUUGAUUUGUCAAGAAACCAGAUAUCUGGUAAAAUUCCUGCAAGUUUUGCGAGCUUAAACUUUCUUAGUGUCUUGGACUUAUCAUACAACAACUUGUCAGGAAGAAUUCCAACUAGCACUCAACUUCAAAGUUUUGAUGCUUCUAAAUAUAUGGGAAAUCUUGGACUUUGUGGACCACCGCUGACACCAAAUUGCUCACUAGAUGGAGCAACUCAAGCUGAUGAUAACAAAGAACAUGAUAAAGAUGGUCUCAUAAGCCUGGGAUUCUUUAUCAGUGUAGUGCUGGGAUUCGUCACUGGAUUUUGGAUGGUCUGCGGCAGUUUACUGCUUAAGACUUCUUAUAGAUAUGCUUAUUUCAGAUUCCUGGACAAUGCAAAAGAUUGGAUUUAUGUCAAAACUUCUGUGUACAAGGCAAAAGUGCGGAGGACACUUCAAAGAUAAAUGGAGAUUCUGGCAUUCAGGGAUAUGACCCUAAUUAUCCCGGAAGUAAAAAAAAUUCAAGGCUUCAUGUUGAAGGUUUUCAGAUGUCGUUGCUUUCUCUUUCAGCAAGCAGAAAUAACUAUUAUGCUUGUUUCUCUUGAGAAAUGUGUAUGAAUAAUGGAUUGUAUGUAGUAUGAGCUGGUAUAACUUUUGAUUCCAUGCAACAAGACCUCUAUUUAGCUUCCUAAUCUUUCUGGCUGUAAUUUAAACAUAUCUUUCUCGAUUGAUUUCAAAGUAAUUGGCUGCAAUUAUAUAUUGUUC